AUGUUUGAUCGUAUGAUCUAUACACUGAUCCUCGUAGUAUACCACCGGUUGACCACUUUUGUUGCACAGCUCAUGUUUAUUUGGAACCAAAGUUCGCAGAUUGGAUCCAAAGUUCGGGGUUCAAAGUUUAGUUUCUGUUGCGAAUCUCAUGUUUUUGUUGUCAAGGGGUCAACCCUCCGAGAUUUUUCAAUCUGA